ACGCCGGUAGGAACUCCGAGCAUCGCCCCAAUCUGCCACCCUCGUCAAAAUAGUGAAGUCUCCGACUAUAUUUUGAGGAGAGGCUAGUGACGACGACGACGACGACGACGCCGACGACGACAUCUCUUCUUCCUAUCAUUUGAAGAAGUUUACCGUUUCCCUUCCCGAUCGAGAUCGACCUUUGAAUUAUCAAGGAAUAUUUUCGUAGAAGAAUUUGCAAGCGAUACACAAAACCUGAAGCAAUGCCUUUUCAGAAGAUAGAGACAGGUCACCAGGAUGUGGUUCAUGAUGUGGCGAUGGACUACUACGGCAAGUGCCUGGCCACAGCAUCGUCUGAUAUGACCAUUAAGAUUAUUGGUGUGAAUGGCUCUUCACACCAGCAUCUUGCAACACUGAGUGGCCACCAAGGGCCAGUCUGGCAGGUUGCAUGGGCCCAUCCCAAGUUUGGUUCAGUGAUUUCAUCGUGCAGCUAUGAUGGCCAGGUGAUCAUUUGGAAGGAAGGGAACAAACCUGAUGAGUGGAUUCAGGCACAUGUUUUCACCGAGCACAAGAGCUCGGUUAACUCUAUUGCAUGGGCACCUCAUGAGCUUGGCCUCUGCUUGGCUUGUGGUUCCUCAGAUGGAAACAUCUCUGUCUUUACUGCACGAACUGAUGGUGGCUGGGACACUACAAGGAUUGACCAAGCCCAUCCGGUGGGUGUGACUUCUGUCACAUGGGCUCCAGCUUUGGCCCCAGGUACCCUCGUUGGUUCAGGACUGCUUGACCCUGUACAGAAGCUUGCUUCUGGUGGCUGUGAUAACACUGUUAAAGUGUGGAAGCUUUACAAUGGUAUUUGGAAGAUGGACUGCUUUCCUGCUCUUCAGAUGCAUUCUGACUGGGUGAGAGAUGUCGCAUGGGCACCAUAUUUGGGGCUUCCAAAAUCUACUAUUGCUAGUUCUUCACAGGAUGGGACAGUUGUCAUAUGGACAGUGGCAAAGGAAGGAGAUCAGUGGGAGGGUAAAAUUCUACAUAACUUUCACACCCCUGUUUGGAGAGUAUCAUGGUCGCUUACUGGGAAUAUACUAGCUGUAGCUGAUGGUGAUAAUAAUGUCACGUUAUGGAAAGAAGCUGUGGAUGGGGAGUGGCAGCAGGUGACGACAGUUGAGCCAUGAGAUCCUGAUUCCUGCUUGAAUUUCCUUAUCAUGCGACUCUGCCAUGGUCUGUGAUAAACAGUCAGCUAAAUCUACUUGUUCCAUGCUUUAUUUGCUGAAAACUUCAGAUUAGCAGUAGUUUUUCUUAAUAUGUGGUUCUUGGGAAGGUCCUCUUUGGAAUUGUUAGUAUGCAGUGAUUUCCAUUUCUUUGCCUGAAACAAAAGAAAUACUUCUCUGCUUA